AUGCCUGGCAAGAUGUUUUUCAUAUUGGUCAUCGUCCUUGAAGUAUUACUAAGCCAUACAGAUGGCCAGAUUCCUGGUGAAUACAUCGCUAGUUUGAAAGAAGGGCUUCCCAACUCAGUCCAAGAACUUGAGAGGCUGACCACCCUGAUAACCAAUUCCAGUACCACUGGUAACACCAACCUGAGCCACACAUAUCACAUUGGAGACUUUCUCGGGGUGGCAGAGACCACCAACUCCAGUCUUCUCUCCUUGUUGAAGAAUGACAGUUCUGUGGAAAGCAUUGAAAACAACCUGUGGCUUAACCUGACCAGUACUUGUAUGUAUGCAGACACUGUCUGGAAUUUUGCCUCUGUUUGGGGCCUUGCCAGAAUCAGUCAAAGAUCGAAAACUACUAACACCCAAUAUGUAUAUGAGGAGGAGUCUGGAGAUGGUGUUCUUGUAUACCUUGUUGAUACUGGGGUAAACUUGAGACAUGAUUUUGGGGGGCGUGUAAUACAAGGGCCAGAUGUAUCUAGGAGUCAACAAGGUUUAAGAGACAGCAAUGGCCAUGGGGAACAUACCGCUGGCAUAGUAGUUUCUUCUCGGUUUGGCAUAGCACGCAACAGUACAGCCAUAAUGAUAAAAGCUGGAGAUGAUACAAAUGACAGGCUGAAAAAUUCCAAUGUUCUUGCUGCUUUAAAAUGGAUUGCCGCUCACCACACAAACUUGUCAAAGGAAUCCAAUAGUUCCCUGGCAAAGUCUGUCAUCAAUCUCCCGGUUGCAUCAAAGUUGAAAUCAAAUGCACUUAGCAGAGCAAUCAGCAAUAUUGUUGGCCACCAGGCAUUACCUAUAGUGGUAGGGGCUGGGAACUCGCUUGAAAAUGCUUGUAAAGUCUUCCCUGCAAAUAUGACUGAAGUUAUUACUGUUGGGGCAAUGGACAGUGAAGACAACAUGUGGGAGAAAAGUAACUAUGGCUUCUGUGUUGAUAUCCUAGCACCAGGUGUUCAAGUGUGGUCAGAUGAUUCUCUACCAGGGUCUGUGGGUACCUACAGAAAUGGAACCUCUGUUGCUGCUGCCCAUGUGACUGGUGUUGUGGCACGUUACCUAGCAACCCAAGCUACCAUGCCUUCUCCAGCUCAGGUGAAGACAUGGCUGAUAGAUGAAUCAACUAAGGAUGUGUUAAAGGUCACCCCAGGGACACCCAAUAGGCUUCUGUACAUGGGGUGCAAUCAGUCUGUAACGACCGUAAUUCCAAUUCAAAAUAUCACUUCAGCAUUGCCAAUCAAUUUAACGACAAUUCACAUGUCAAAUAUGUCCACGGCCAUUCCCGUUACAACAACAGUGAUGCCGAACACCACAUCCCAUAAUUCCAGCAUGACAACAACUGCAGCCCAUACUUCUGGCAUGACAACAACCGCAGCACAUACUUCUAUCAUGACAACAACCAUGGAUCACAACAAAACAACCUCAGUGUCCAAUAUAUCGUCAACAGAAACUACGGCUUCCUCUACAACAAUGACACCGCCUCCAACAACACCCUCUUCUUCAGCCAUGAUGGAAUUCUCCAAAAGAUUGACAAUCUUUUCAAUAAUGGCAUUCCUAUAUUUAGUUCCAUGA